AUGGUCAGCGCUCGGACUCUCCUCCUUGCGGCCACCUGCUGCUGCGCCUACCUGUGGCUCGCCCAGGCAGAGGACUCCUCGUUGGAGACGCGCGCUUUGGAUUUCCCGCUUAAGUCCCAACAGGAGAAAGACCUGAUUGACGCUUUACAAGAAGUUCUGGUUAAACUGAGGAGCAAAGAGAUGCCCUUAGAGAAAAAACUGGGCUGGCUGCCGUCGUGUGACGCAGGGGAGCCAUGCGCCGUGCGUAAAGGCGCUCGUAUCGGCACACUGUGCGGCUGCCCCCGGGGGACUGCCUGUAACUUUUAUGUCCUCAAAUGUUUGUGAAAGAAAAAUCUAAAGAAGGUGCAAGAAACACAAGAGAGGGUUCAGGGGGUUGGAGUGACAGAAAGAGGCUAUAAUCCCUCAGCAAUG